AUGGGAGAUCUGCCACAGACACGUAUCACCAAGGCCAGACCGUUUCUCAACGUCGGGGUGGACUACUGUGGGCCAUUCACGAUAAAAGAGAAGAAACAUCGCAAUAGAGGUCAAGUCAAGGCAUAUGUGGCAGUCUUCAUCUGCCUAGUUUCAAAGGCAGUGCUUUUGGAGUUGGUCAGCGACAUGACCACUUCAGGAUUCCUCGCAGCUCUUCGUCGCUUCAUUGCCAGAAGAGGCAGGUGCCAGCUGAUCCAGUCAGACAAUGGCACCAACUUUGUUGGUGCAAGGAAUGAGCUUAAGCAGCUACUGGACACACUCAAGUCAGAGGAUCACAACUCCGAGGUGUCUACAUAUCUGAACGAGAAGGGCAUCAAAUGGGGCUUCAUCCCCCCAGCAUCCUCGCACUUUGGUGGCAUCUGGGAGGCUGCUGUUCGCUCAUUCAAACAUCAUCUCAUAAGAGUGGCCGGGAACAAACUGUUCACCUUUGAGGAACUGGACACAUUGGUGACAGAAAUUGAGGCGAUUCUCAAUUCUCGUCCUCUUACACCUGUGUUCCCAGACCCCGACGACCUGUUGGUGCUAACACCAGGUCACCUGCUCAUUGGGGAACCGCUCACUGCCAUUCCAGAGCAUGACUUCUUAGACGUGCCAAUCAAUCGACUCUCCAACUGGGAGCACAUACAGAAGGCACGUCAAGACUUCUGGAAGAGGUUGUAUAAAGAGUACCUCCACGAGCUCAUGGUCAGGCGCAAAUGGAGCGCAGGAUAA